AUGCGGUGCGACUUCCACACCCGACUGGGCCUAGAGCCCUUCGUCAAAGAGAACCUGGCUUGGAGAGAGCGCGCGUGGAGGCUGCGGGACGACACGGGCCGGCGGGCGCUAAGGUCCGACGGCCUACGACGCUGA